AUGAAUCCUAAUAGUCUCGCCGUGUAUAUUACAAGCCUACUGUGGCUGAAUUUAAUAGAUGCUAAAAUUGGGUACUUUUGGCACAUCACAGAUCUUCAUUAUGACCCAUUUCACAACUCCCAAGAGUUUCAUAAAGGGUGCCGACACAAUCGCGCCAAUGUAGACCACAAUCACCGCAAUGGCCGACAUCGCGAUCAUACUUGUGACAGUUCCUGGCCAUUAAUACAGAGUGCUGCAGCUCUUAUGGCGGAACGACAUCCGGAUACUUUAGAAUUUGUUCUUUGGACAGGGGAUAUUCUGUCUUCUUCGAUGGAACACUUGAGUGAAGAGGUUAAGUUGGAAGCAGUGAGAAAUGUCACAGAUAUUUUAAGCAGAACAUUCAGCAGCCAGUUUGUUUUCCCAGCCUUGGGACAUAAUGAUCCACCGCCGUCGAAGAAACUCGUUGAUAUGUGGAUGCAGUGGCUGCCAACAGAGGCUUUGCAGACAUUUCAAACUGGUGGUUAUUAUACCAUAGAACAAUCCCACAGUAAGCUACGUAUAAUAGUCUUGAAUAGUGUUUUAUGGGCUGGAGGAGCAGCCAGGACUGAUGGACCCCACAGAGGCAGAGCCCAGUGGGAAUGGUUGGAACACGUAUUAAGUAAAGCCAGGCGAAAAAGUGAAAUGGUUUACUUGGUAGCACAUGCUGGUCCGGGAGUAGAAGAACGCCAUAACGCUGGAAGCGCCUCUGCAGCUGGUGGGGGUGAGCUCACGCCUACUGCAAAUGCCAGAUUGCUUCAUGUUAUCAGAGCCUUUAGCGACGUUAUUGCAGGACAAUUUUAUGGACAUCGCCACGCUGAUACAUUUCGGCUAAUUUACAGUGAAGGAAGACCAGUGUCGUGGGCGUUACUUGCACCAUCGCUAACACCUCGAGGAUCCGGUAGUAUUUCAAAUCCAGGGUUAAGGCUUUACAAGUUUGACUCUAAUACAGGAAAGGUAUUAGACUACACUCAGUAUUACUUAGAUAUAACGAACACAAGAGGAGAGCUACAUUGGGCUAUAGAGUAUAAUUUGACGCAGUACUACAGUUUGAGAGAAAUAAGCGCAACGUCUCUAGACGGUUUGGCUGAAAGAAUGCUGAACUAUCAUGAUCGGACGCUGUUUACAAAGUAUCUGACAGCUUUACGUGUACGACACACGACAGAUACGUCUGAUUGCGAUGCGACAUGUGUCCACGUUCAUUACUGUGCUAUCACACGUGCUGACUAUCACGAGUUCCGCGCUUGCGUCCGCAACCCUGCUUCGGCUCUGGCGUCGCGCGCUCCACACACAUCUGCUGCUGUUUUACUGUAUGCCAUACUGAUAAUUAUUUCGUCGUAA